AUGUCCCGGAAGAACGACCAUCAAGCCGAAUCCGAAACCGGAGCAUGGGGAGGAGAAUUUUCGAUGCCGGAAAUGAUGCGUCAAGUGGCUCAGCAGAACAACCGUUUGCUGAUGUUGUUGGAGCAAAUCACCGAGGAUCUGUUCCGGCAAGAUGGCAGAAAUUUGGAUGACGCUGCGAAGGUAAGGCUCCUGCUGCGCAGUCUCAGCGUCCCGGUGCACGAAAAGUUCCUGAACUACCUCCUGCCAUCCCACCCACGUGAUUUCACCUUCGACGACGUUGUGGCAAAGCUGAAGCAGAUUUUCGGCCAACAGAAAUCUCUGUUCAGCAAGCGCUACGACUGCCUUAAGCUCGAGAAGAGUGAAGCCGACGAUUUCGUUUCGUAUGCCGGAAUCGUCAACCGGCAAUGCGAGGAUUUCGAACUGCAGAAGCUCACCGUCGACCAGUUCAAGAAUCUGGUGUUCAUCUGCGGUCUCAAAUCGACGAAGGACGCCGACUGCCAACGCCUGUCGAACCUCAAGCACGACACGGCGCUGGUGGAGAAGAAACCGACAUCUUCAGCGGUGCAGGCAGUACGGCACUCAAGAAAGCAGCUGUCCUACCAGCAGAAGUCGUCAGCCGACGGUAAGACACCCCCAUCCCCUUGCUGGCAGUGCGGUGCGAUGCAUUUCGUGAAGGACUGUCAGUUUUCCAAGCACACCUGCAACAACCGCUAG